AUGGCCAACUUUUCCGUGCUCAUCAAGUUUGAGUGUGAAGAGGAUGGAGAGACAUAUUUCGCCGAUCUUGGUCCCGAUGCUCAAGGCCCGCCUGCUCUCGGUACCAAGGUCAGCGCGGUCAAGUCUGUGCAGGGCUUGGCUGAUAAUCAUCAAUCCAAAACAGUAACAAUUCACCGUCUCACCCUGAGCUCGGUCCCUCCGCUUUGGACUAAGCCAGCUGCAUCUCUUGCAAAUCCAGAUGAAGACAUCCCACUCAAUGAAUUUUGCGCAAAGAGUCUUCCAGACUAUGAAGGCGAGCUCGUAUUUGUAACCUCCAAGCAAUGUCGCGAUAUUUCUCCCAAGGAAGCCAAGGACUACAUCCUAGGGUACACGGUUGGCAACGACUUAUCUUGCCGCUUGUAUCAGCUUCCCAAGCAUUCAGCCGGCCAAUUCUUCUUCGCCAAGGCCUUCGACAAAUUUGCGCCCAUUGGCCCUGCAUUGAUCAGCCCAGCCAUAUUUGGUGAUGGGUCGGGCUUUUCAGUAGUCGCAAAUGUGAAUGGUAUAGUCAGGCAACAGGCUGAGUUUAAGAAGGACAUGGUGUUCUCGCCGGAGCAGAUUCUCAGCCAUAUGAGUCAAGGAACAACCAUACCGGCUGGUACAGCGGUCAUGACGGGAACUCCCGCUGGAGUGGGUGCCUUCCAUAGUCCCAAGGUAUUUCUCAAUGACGGCGAUGUUCUCGAAGUCACCAUGGCCCGGGUUGGAACAUUGAGAAAUGUUAUUAAAUUUGAGUAA